AUGUUCUCGGGGCAACCAAAGCUGCUCCAGCACCGCAACCCAGCAGCAGCACAGCCCAGAUCUUCUUCAACCCGUUUGUCCUUUGUCACUCGGGCGAGCUACAACGCUGGUGCCACCAAUCCCUUCCGUGAUGAGCUCAUCGCUACAGCCAAGUACAUCUCCCAGCGAGGAAAGGGCAUCCUGGCAUCCGACGAGAGCAAUGCCACCACUGGCAAGCGUCUUGCAACAGUGGGAGUGGACAACACUGAAUCAAACCGGCGGGACUGGCGUGAGGUACUCUACACAGCAGAUGGUCUGGGAAACUACAUCUCCGGCUGCAUCAUGUUUGAGGAGACGCUGUACCAGAGCAGUGCAGGCGGCGUUCCCUUUGUCAAGAUCCUGAAGGAUGCUGGCAUUGUGCCAGGCAUCAAGGUCGACACCGGCCUGCAGGUGCUGCCGGGCACAGAUGGUGAGACAACCACGCAGGGCCUCGACAACCUGCCAGCACGCGUGCAGGAGUACUACAAGCAGGGUGCGCGUUUCGCAAAAUGGCGCGCGGUCAUCAAGAUUGGCACCCCCACCACCCCAUCCUCCAUGGCUGUCCUGGAAAAUGCCCACGGCUUGGCCCGCUACGCUCAGAUCUGCCAGGAGAAUGGGCUGGUGCCCAUUGUGGAGCCAGAGGUCACGCUGGGCCCUGGUGACUACACAAUUGAGGAGAAUGCUUACUGGAGUGAGCACGCUUACAGCCACGUCUUCCGGCUGCUGAAUGAGUACAACGUGCUCCUGGAGGGCAUCCUGCUGAAACCCAACAUGUGCCUCCCAGGCCUGGACGUCCCAACUCCGCCGCCGUCCGAGGUGGCAAAGUACACUGUGCGCACAAUGCUGCGCAGCAUCCCCCCAGCCGUCCCCGGAAUCCACUUCCUCAGCGGCGGAAUGAGCGAGGAGGAAUCCACCCUGAACCUGCAGGCCCUGCAGGAGGAGUGCCCGAAUUCUCCCUGGAGCCUCACCUUCUCAUACGGCCGGGCUCUCCAGUCUACCACCCUGAAGACAUGGGCUGGGCAUCCUGAGAACAAGCACAAGGCACAGGACAUUCUGGUGAAGCUGGCAAAGGCCAACUCAGAGGCGCAGCUAGGGCAGUACAAGGGGCCACACCCCGUGCCAGGAGGACAGCGCAUCUUGCAAGCUCUUCGCCUUGGCGGUUCCGGCACAUGAGGAAGAAAAUUAUUGAUUAUGAUGUCCUGCACGUUGUGAGCAAGCAUCUUCUUUGUACCGGCCUCACGCAAUUUUGCCGAGGCAUAGCGGCACACUGACAGGGAGCAUUGAAGCGAGAGAGCUCUCCUGGAGGUGUAGGGACAAUUAGCAAAAGCACAGUACUGGUGCUGAGCUGUGAUUGAGCACUGCUUGUUAUUCAUCUCCAGUGCAGUUGAAGACUCCACAGUGCAUGUGGGCAAGUUGGGUAUGUCAGCAUGAGAGUGCAUUACCAACAGGUUGAGAGUCGCUAGCCACCAAUUUGGCCAAAGCGAAGUUGCUCACAAUUGCUGAUGAUUAUUCGAGACUGUGAGCAAUUUGAAGUUGCAUGAGAAGUUUUGACAGCGAUACCAGUAAGAUAACAGAUUGAGAAUGGUUGGAUGCUUGAAAAAUGACACAAGCAGCUUCUAUUUUAAGUUGCAACUUGC